AUGACCCCACGAUUGCCGCCGAUGCCGGGCCAAGUCACGCUGCACCUGUAUUUCCCUUACUCGAUCGAAACCUCGACGGCGAAAAGUCCUGCUUGCGAAGAGGUUGGGAAACGGCUGCUGGAGAGUGAUCAUCAUGGCUCGGAUGGAAGUGUCCUGUCUAUCGCGUACUGUAUUCGCAGCCGGUCGGCCAGCUCCGAUAAGAUCUUCAGCGUCGAUGGAGUUCUGAUCAAGUAA